AUGCUCUUCUUCGGCAGCGGCCUCCAAAGCCCACGCCGUCGCAAUCGCGAAAAAUCAAUCCUCAUAACCAUCUUCAUCAUCUUCGCAAUCUACUUCCUUUUCUACGCCAAAUCGUCCAACCGCAAUUUCGCCGCCUACGAUGACGAGGCCAUGUUGGAGGAAAUCCGCCGCUCCAAACCGGCCGGUUCGAGCUCGGCGCACCAGUCGAAACCACUCAUACAGAAGAAUAUGGUCGUGGCGAGUAUGAAGAAGGAUAAUACGAGUUGGCUGUUUGAGUAUUUCCCGGACUGGCAUAAGAGUGUUUACGUGGUGGAUGAUGAAGAUGCGGAGUUGACCGUGACGGAGAAUAAGGGGAGGGAGUCGAUGGUUUAUUUGACGUAUAUAAUCGACAAUUACGACCGCCUUCCCGAAUCGCUCCUCUUCAUCCACUCCCAGCAAUACCAAUGGCACAACGACGACCCCUACUACGACGGCGUUCGCAUGCUCCGCAACUUCCAAGUUCCUUACCUCCAGAAACAAGGCUACGUUAACCUCCGCUGCGCGUGGGUUCUCGGGUGUCCCGUCGAAAUCCGUCCGUACUCCGAUACCCAUCGCGAAGACGUGCACGCGGGUGAAUACUUCAAAACGGGCUUCAUGGAGCUGUUUCCGGGCGUGGAGGUUCCGAAUGAAGUGGGCGUUUCGUGUUGUGCGCAGUUUGGGGUUACGAGGUGGAAGAUUCAUGAGCGGCCGAAGAGUGAUUAUGAGAGGUUUCGGAAGUGGUUGGUGAAGACGGAUUUGAAGGAUGAGUUGAGUGGGAGGAUUAUGGAGUAUUCAUGGCAUAGUACGCUCAUUUUGACUUUGGUGAUUCAACAAGAGAUGAGGUGA